GCGCCGGUAGCCGGAGCCCGAGCCGGAGCCUGAGGAGGGCGAAGGGGCGGCGGGCGGCGAGGAGGCGGCGGAGGAGGCGGCCGGUGCCGCGGGGCCGCCGCCGCCUCUGAGCCGCGCCGAGCGCACGAGCGCAGCCGCGUCGCUGCGGCCCCGGCCGCGCCAUGGGGAAGGAGCAGGAGCUGGUGCAGGCGGUGAAGGCGGAGGACGUAGGGACCGCGCAGAGGCUGCUGCAGAGGCCGCGGCCCGGGAAGGCCAAGCUCCUGGGCUCCACCAAGAAGAUCAACGUCAACUUCCAGGACCCUGAUGGCUUCUCGGCUCUGCACCACGCGGCCCUGAAUGGCAACACGGAAUUGAUCAGCCUGCUGCUGGAGGCCCAGGCCGCUGUGGACAUCAAGGACAACAAAGGCAUGCGGCCGCUGCACUACGCUGCCUGGCAGGGCCGGAAGGAGCCCAUGAAGCUGGUGCUGAAGGCAGGCUCUGCUGUGAACAUCCCAUCCGAUGAGGGCCACAUCCCCCUGCACCUGGCAGCCCAGCAUGGUCACUAUGAUGUGUCUGAGAUGCUGCUGCAGCACCAGUCCAACCCGUGCAUGGUAGACAACUCGGGGAAGACACCCCUGGACCUGGCCUGCGAGUUCGGCCGUGUUGGGGUGGUCCAGCUGCUCCUCAGCAGUAACAUGUGUGCGGCGCUGCUAGAGCCCCGGCCGGGGGACACCACUGACCCCAACGGCACCAGCCCUCUGCAUCUCGCAGCCAAGAACGGCCACAUUGACAUCAUCAGGCUCCUCCUCCAAGCUGGCAUCGACAUUAACCGUCAGACCAAGUCCGGCACCGCCCUGCACGAGGCUGCGCUCUGCGGGAAGACGGAGGUGGUGCGGCUGCUGCUGGAUAGCGGGAUCAAUGCCCAUGUGAGGAACACCUACAGCCAGACAGCCCUGGACAUCGUGCACCAGUUCACCACGUCCCAGGCCAGCAGGGAGAUCAAGCAGCUGUUGCGAGAGGCCUCGGCGGCCCUGCAGGUCCGGGCGACCAAGGAUUAUUGCAACAAUUACGACCUGACCAGCCUCAACGUGAAGGCGGGGGACAUCAUCACUGUCCUCGAGCAGCAUCCGGAUGGUCGAUGGAAGGGCUGUAUCCAUGACAACCGGACGGGCAAUGACCGGGUGGGCUACUUCCCAUCCUCCCUGGGCGAGGCCAUUGUCAAGCGGGCAGGUCCUCGAGCAGGCACUGAACCAAGCCUGCCCCAGGGAGGCAGCUCAUCGGGACCCUCCGCACCCCCAGAGGAGAUCUGGGUGCUGAGGAAGCCUUUUGCAGGUGGGGAACGAAGCGGCAGUGUGAGCGGUGUGGCUGGCGGCCGGGGCAGCGGGGGCCAUGCCCUGCACGCGGGCUCCGAGGGUGUCAAGCUCCUGGCAACGGUGCUUUCCCAGAAGUCCGUCUCCGAGUCCAGCCCGGGGGACAGCCCCAUCAAGCCUCCGGAAGGCUCCGCAGGUGCGGCCCGGUCCCAGCCUCCAGUGGCCCACGCUGGACAGGUCUAUGGGGAGCAGCCGCCCAAGAAGCUGGAGCCGGCAUCAGAGGGCAAGAGCGCCGAGGCCGUGGGCCAGUGGCUCACCGCGUUCCAGCUGCAGCUCUAUGCCCCCAACUUCAUCAGUGCUGGCUACGACCUGCCCACCAUCAGCCGCAUGACCCCCGAGGACCUCACGGCCAUUGGUGUCACCAAGCCGGGCCACCGGAAGAAGAUUGUGGCAGAGAUCAGCGGCCUAAGCAUCCCCGACUGGCUGCCUGAGCACAAACCCGCUAACCUGGCCGUGUGGCUGUCCAUGAUCGGCCUAGCCCAGUACUACAAGGUGCUGGUGGACAAUGGCUACGAGAACAUCGAUUUCAUCACUGACAUUACCUGGGAGGACCUGCAGGAGAUCGGCAUUACCAAGCUGGGACACCAAAAGAAGCUGAUGCUGGCUGUUAGGAAGCUGGCAGAACUGCAGAAGGCUGAAUACGCCAAGUAUGAGGGGGGCCCCCUGCGCCGGAAGGCACCCCAGUCACUUGAAGUGAUGGCCAUUGAGUCGCCACCCCCACCUGAGCCCGCACCGGCUGACUGCCAGUCCCCUAAGAUGACCACCUUCCAGGACAGCGAGCUCAGUGACGAGCUGCAGGCUGCCAUGACUGGCCCGGGUGAGGUGGGGACCACCACCGACAAGCCCUCCAGCCACCUGCCACCUACCCCAAGGGCCACCACACGGCAGGAACCCAGCCUGGGUGGCCGGGCACGGCACAUGAGCAGCUCACAGGAGCUGCUGGGCGACGGGCCCCCUGGGCCCAGCAGUCCCAUGUCUCGAAGCCAGGAGUACCUGCUGGAUGAGGGCCCGGCCCCCGGCACUCCACCCAAGGAGGGCCGGCCAGGCCGUCAUGGUCACAGCGUGAAGAGGGCCAGCGUGCCCCCUGUGCCUGGCAAGCCCCGGCAGGUCCUCCCACCAGGUACCAGCCACUUCACGCCCCCUCAGACGCCCACCAAAACCCGGCCAGGCUCUCCCCAGGCUCCUGGGGGACCUCAUGGUCCAGCCCCAGCUACAGCCAAGGUGAAGCCCACCCCACAGCUGCUGCCGCCAACAGAGCGCCCCAUGUCACCCCGCUCCCUGCCUCAGUCGCCCACACACCGUGGCUUUGCCUACGUGCUGCCCCAGCCUGUGGAGGGCGAGGCGGGGCAGGCUGCCCCAGGGCCUGCGCCCCCACCUGUGCCGACAGCUGUGCCCACACUGUGCCUGCCCCCCGAAGCCGACGCGGAGCCGGGGCGGCCCAAGAAGCGAGCCCACAGUCUGAAUCGCUACGCGGCCUCCGACAGCGAGCCUGAGCGGGACGAGCUGCUGGUGCCUGCUGCUGCGGGUCCCUAUGCCACAGUCCAACGGCGAGUUGGCCGCAGCCACUCGGUGAGGGCGCCCGCGGGCGCCGACAAGAACGUCAACCGCAGCCAGUCCUUUGCAGUGCGUCCUCGAAAGAAGGGGCCCCCGCCGCCUCCGCCCAAGCGCUCCAGCUCGGCUCUGGCCAGUGCCAACCUGGUGGAUGAGCCAGUGCCAGAUGCCGAGCCUGAGGACGGCCUGCUGGGGGUCCGGGCACAGUGCCGGCGGGCCAGUGAUCUGGCUGGCAGCGUGGACACGGGCAGUGCCGGCAGCGUGAAGAGCAUCGCUGCCAUGCUGGAGCUGUCCUCCAUUGGGGGUGGGGGCCGGGCUGCCCGUAGGCCUCCUGAGGGCCACCCUACUCCCCGCCCUGCCAGCCCAGAGCCGGGCCGGGUGGCCACGGUGCUGGCCUCAGUGAAGCACAAAGAGGCCAUUGGGCCUGGCGGUGAGGUGGUGAACCGGCGCCGCACACUUAGCGGUCCAGUCACCGGACUUCUGGCCACUGCCCGCCGGGGGCCUGGGGAGUCGGCAGACCCAGGCCCCUUUGUGGAGGAUGGCACUGGUCGGCAGCGGCCUCGGGGUCCCUCCAAGGGUGAAGCGGGUGUCGAGGGCCCGCCCUUGGCCAGGGUGGAGGCCAGCGCCACACUCAAGAGGCGCAUCCGGGCCAAGCAGAACCAGCAGGAGAACGUCAAGUUCAUCCUGACUGAGUCUGACACAGUCAAGCGCCGGCCCAAAGCCAAGGAGCGGGAGGCCGGGCCUGAGCCACCACCGCCACUGUCCGUGUACCAGAACGGCACUGGGACCGUGCGCCGCCGACCAGCCUCAGAGCAGGCUGGGCCUCCGGAGCUGCCCCCACCGCCCCCGCCUGCCGAACCCCCGCCCACCGACCUGGUGCACCUACCCCCACUGCCCCCGCCUGAGGGCGAAGCCCGGAAGCCGGCCAAGCCGCCAGUCUCUCCCAAGCCCGUUCUGACGCAGCCCGUGCCCAAGAUCCAGGGCUCACCCACACCCACCUCCAAGAAGGUGCCGCUGCCAGGCCCUGGCAGCCCAGAGGUGAAGCGCGCCCAUGGCACGCCGCCGCCCGUGUCCCCCAAGCCGCCGCCGCCACCCACAGCGCCCAAACCCGCCAAGGCAGCCGCGGGGCUGCCUUCGGGCAGCGCCGGCCCUUCGCCCGCGCCCUCGCCCGCGCGCCAGUCACCCGCCGCCCUCGCCAAGCCGCCCAGCACGCCGCCCUCACUGGCUGCCAGCCCUGCCAAGCCCCCGUCCCCCGGCGCGCCCGCGUUGCACGUGCCCGCCAAGCCCCCGCGCGCCGCCGCCGCAGCUGCCGCUGCGCCCCCUGCCGCGCCAGAAGGCACCUCGCCCGGCGACAGCGCCCGGCAGAAGCUGGAGGAGACCAGCGCUUGCCUGGCCGCGGCGCUGCAGGCAGUGGAGGAAAAGAUCCGGCAGGAGGACGGGCAGGGUCCGCGCGCCUCGGCGGCGGCGAAGAGCACCGGCAGCAUCCUGGACGACAUCGGCAGCAUGUUCGAUGACCUGGCCGACCAGCUGGACGCCAUGCUGGAGUGAGCGCCGCCUCGCCGGGCCCGUCCGCGCCGCCCGGGCCCUUCCCGCACACUGACCUAUACCUCAGGAUGGGCGCGUCUGGGUGCGGCGCGAACGGCUGGGCAGGGCCCCGCACAAGCACAACUCCGGCCCCUGGUCCCGGGCUGGGGCGCCCACCGAGGACUGCAUGGCCGGGGGCUCCAAGGGCUCUGUGCAGACCCCGCGCCCGCGGGCCCGCCCCACCUGCUGCUUCCCGUGCAAUACCUGCUGGGCCUCCUGCCCACGCGGGAGGGGAGGGCGCCUCGGGACCAGGGACGGGGCAGCGCACAGGCCCGGGCCCAGCACAGAACUGCCCAUUGGGACGCCCGGCCAGCCUCUUGGGCGCAGCACAAGGGACAGGGGACCAGGGUCAGGGCUCCCCUGCCCCACCGCACCCCCAGAAUAUAAGCUAUCAAGAGUAUUAAUUUAUUGGGAAUGAGCUGAGGCAGAUUUCCCCAGAGAAACAAAAAGGUAUAACUUUAACAAAUAUAUAUUUAAAGAAAGAAAUAUUAUUGAUUCUAUAGAAAACAAUUUACCAACUGAAAGGACACAAGUCUAGCUCCAGACAAAAGCUGUUAAGAGGCCCAAGCCGUCUGCCUGCCGGUCUUUCCCUCCCUCUGGUCAGAGUGGAGGCCCCAGGCCCCUAGCACAGGUGAAAGGCUGGGGCUGGGAGGCAGGUGCUCUGCCAGGGGCUCCCCCGAGCUUCUCUCCUAAGUUCUCUGCACCCCAACAACUCGAGGAUGUGCCUUGCUCGCGACGGCCAUGUCCUCUUGGCGUGGCUGUGUCCUGUGGCGCGGGUGGGUGUGGUGAACAUGGGCACGUCAGCGUAGUGGCCACAUGAAAGCAGGGUGCAUAGCAGGCGAGGCUAUGGGCUUGCAGCUCAUCUGAGGGUGUGCCUGCCCCCUCCCCAGGGCCUGCACAGGCAGCCCGUCCACCCUGCCAGCGUUCACAUGGACGCUUCUGCUCAUGGUCCAAGGCUGUGUCGUGUGGUCAUUCUUGCCCUCCCUUUUCCUCUCUCUUCCUCCCCUGCCUCAUCCAAGAAGUACUGAUUGGUCUCCUCUAUCGUGUUUGCUGAUCCACAAGUGUUGGGCACAACUUUGACAUUUCUUAAAAAAAUUUUUUAAAUGCCGAAAA